AAACAGACCUUUUAGCCAACGAAAAAGAGCGAAGCAGGAGGACAAACCUUGUUGGGGUUGGGCGUCCCUCAAAACCUUCCGAACUUACGUCAACAGCAACUCUCUGCAGUAGCAGUAGUAUACACACGAUUAUCGUUCGCUGUUUGAUUUCAAUUUUGUAGAAUUAGAUUCUUUGCGUGAAAGGGACAAAGCAGAAAAAGAAAAAAUGGACAUAGAGCAGAAGCAAGCAGACCUCAUCGAUCACUUUGUGAAGCAAGCGUCGGCUCUCCAGGGUUCAGCCCUCUGUCCCCUCAUCGCCGAGGCCACCUCGAAUACAUCCCUCUUCGCCUUCUCCGAGAUUCUCGCCAUUCCCUCAGUUCUCCAGCUUGAAGGAACUUCAAAUUCUGUAUACCUCGAUGUACUUCGUUUGUUUGCACAUGGCACUUGGAGUGAUUACAAACGUAAUGCUGGAUGUCUUCCGCAGUUGGUCCCUGAACAAGUCCUCAAAUUGAAGCAACUUACUGUACUUACACUGGCUGAGACAAACAAGGUUCUACCCUAUGAUCAACUAAUGCAGGAGUUAGAUGUCACAAAUGUACGUGAACUGGAAGAUUUCCUAAUCAACGAGUGCAUGUAUGCGGGCAUAGUCAGAGGGAAGCUGGAUCAGUUGCGCAGAUGCUUUGAGGUUCAAUUCGCAGCAGGAAGGGAUCUAAGACCUGGCCAACUUGGGAGCAUGAUACAUACACUGUCAAACUGGUUGGCUACAUCAGAUAAUCUACUUAUGUCUAUUCAAGAGAAGAUUAAAUGGGCUGAUAGUAUGAGUGAGUUGGACAAAAAACACCGGAAGGAGGUUGAAGAUCGGGUAGAAGAAGUAAAGAAGUCCCUUUCACUCAAGAAGUUACAAACUGUAAGCAGGCCGACAUUGACUUCCGAGGGCAUGAGGAGAUCUACUCUGAACCUGGUGGAGUGAUGGACUAUGAGGAAGACCGAAGUCGUCCUAAGCGGAGACUCCGAUAGCUGGAAGGCGGGGAUGGUGGGGCCGCAUGGGAUUGUCGUUUAGGCUACUUGCUCAAUUUUUUCAGUUCAUGGAAUUCCAGCAACGGACGAUUCUGCUUUGGUGGGGGCUAUGAUCCGUAGUAAAAUUGUAGUCAUCGUUUUAAACUUUAUAUAUUUUUAUUCUUAUCAAAAUCUUUGACUCAUAUUUUGAAAUUAAUUAGCUCGUAUUCCUGAGUUGGAAAAGAAAGAGAGCAGAUGUACGUGGUGGUGCGGUUCAUCUUUUUUUUUUUUUUUAAUGUAAUAUGAUCAUUUGUACUUGUUGAUCUUGUUAUUAAAUCUGUCUUGUGAUGAAA